GUUGUUGACAAGAUCAGAUUUGGUAGAUCAAUAUAACAUUGUGGACCCAUGUGUUAUAGAGCGACUUCAGAAAGCAAUACGCAGAGCAAAGGAAGCUGACACAGAUGAUGAGUGUAUUCAUCUGGGUGGCAGUGUAUUCAUCUGGGUGGCAGUGUAUUCAACUGGGUGGCAUGGUAUUCAACUGGGUGGCAGUGUAUUAAACUGGGUGGCAGGGUAUUCAACUGGGUGGCAGGGUAUUCAACUGGGUGGCAGUGUAUUCAACUGGGUGGCAGUGUAUUCAACUUGGUGGCAUGGUAUUCAACUGGGUGGCAUAGUAUUCAACAAGGUGGCAGGGUGUUCAUCUGGGUGGCAUGGUAUUCAACUAGAUGGCAGUGUAUUCAUCUGGGUGGCAUGGUAUUCAACUGGGUGGCAGUGUAUUAAACUGGGUGGCAGGGUAUUUAACAGGGUGGCAUGGUAUUCAACUGGGUGGCAGUGUAUUCAUCUGGGUGGCAUGGUAUUCAACUGGGUGGCAGUGUAUUCAGCUGGGUGGCAGCAUAUUCAUCUGGGUGGCAAUGUAUUCAACUGGGUGGAAGGGUAUUCAACUGGGUGGCAUGGUAUUCAACUGGGUGGCAUGGUAUUCAACAAGGUGGCAGGGUAUUCAGCUGGGUGGCAUGUUAUUCAACUGGAUGGCAUGUUAUUUAACAGGGUGGCAGUGUAUUCAACUGGGUAG